UAGAUGCUGGCGAUCGGUAGGCUAUUGAAUCGUUGUUCUAGGCUAUCCGCCGUAACUUGCCGUUUACUGUAAAAGUAGUGUGGGUGGCUGUGCAAAUUAAACCAAAAAAUAAGGGUGUUGGGUGAGGUGUUCUACAAGUGACAUUUUGAAGAUCUUUCGGAUACACCCUGAAAAGAAACUGAUAGCCCUGCUCAUUCAUUCAACCAUUGAGAAUGUAGAAAACAAGCGGUGAUUUUCAAUUAACGAAAUGUAAACAUAAAAUUUGCUAUCGUGUGCAGUUUAAGCCAACCGAGCCACCGAAAUCAGACGUACUAAGCUGAAGAUAAUCUAUUGAGUACUGCCAGAAUAAUGUGAGAAAUAUCUUCACUUGAAAGUAUUCGACCGUCCACGUAGAUAAUUUGUUGCAGCUCUAAUAGUUUUUAGUGAUAUAACUACAAAUUUUAUGUAUAAGUAAUCCAAAAUUCUUCGGCGCAAUGAAUCAAGAUAUUCGUAUUAAAACCAAGCACUUUUACACAGUGCUAGUGAUAUUAGGCUUCCUGCUAAUCUAUAGUUUAAGCUCUAACCGAGAUUGCGCUGCAGAUGACCAGAAAGAUUCCGAGUCGGCGGACAAACGGGAUGCUUUCGUACCCAAUCUGAAGGGACCAACGAUUUACGCCAUAACGCCAACGUAUGCCAGAACGGUGCAAAAGGCAGAACUAACCAGAUUAUCUCAUGUGAUCCGACUGGUACCGAACGUGUUUUGGGUGCUGGUUGAGGAUGCCGAUCAUAGAUCUGAACUUGUCUCGAAUCUACUAAGCAGAAGCGGUAUCCAAGAAAGAAGCGUUCAGUUGUUUGCUAAAACACCAACCAAUAUGAAACUUCAGGGAAAAGAUCCAAAUUGGUUAAAGCCUCGAGGUGUUGAACAGCGCAAUAAAGCUUUGGAAUGGAUAAGAGCACAUCUCGCUGAAAAUGGUGGGCGGGAAAUACAUUCAAUUAUCUACUUUAUGGAUGACGAUAACACGUACAGUACCGAUUUGUUCUCUGAAAUGUCCAAAAUUGAACGAAACAAAGUUGGCGUUUGGCCAGUUGGACUGGUCGGAGGGCUGAUGGUCGAAAAACCGGUGCUGAACCGAGAUGGAAUCGUCUUGGGAUUCAAUAGCGCAUGGCGACCGGAACGACCGUUUCCGUUCGAUAUGGCAGGAUUUGCAAUUAGUUCGGAUCUGAUCCUGGAUAAUCCUCAAGCACAAUUUAGCUACGAAGUCGAACGUGGCUAUCAGGAAAGUGAAUUGCUGCGACAUCUCACUAUUGUCCACGAGAUGCAACCUUUGGCCAACAAGUGCACCGAUGUGCUGGUGUGGCACACGCGUACCGAAACACCUAAGCUCGAUGCCGAAAAAUUGUUGGUCAAAUCGGGUAAAAGAUCUGACGACGGACUCGAAGUGUAAUGAUUCUUUUCGUCCAUAUAUGAUAGACUAAAGCCUUAGCAUAUUAGCAAUAUGAUAUAAUCAAAUAUCGUUUUAAUGUAGACUCGGUUGACACAAAACUUGCCUAGUUGUCAUAAAAAUCUUUGAACGAAACAGAUGCAGAUCUAAUUGGAUGCUGAUCGUGGGAGAGGAGUAUAGUCAUUGACUGAUAUGACCAACGUUCAGUAUUACUCGACCGUAUCCGUCGUCAUGAUAUUUUCAUUACAUGUAUUUAUUAUUAUCUAAUAGUACGAUUAGUGUUUAAUCACACAAUCUUCCGCAGAGUAGGUGCAAUAGGCGUUAAUCAGUCGCAUGCCAAUAUUCUCAUAUUUAGUUUUGUUAUUCUACACAGAAUGGAUUUCUCAUAAGGAUCAAGUUUAGAAUUAACUGUUAAUGUGUCAUCGUGAUUUUUUGUUGCGCUAUUUAUUACAUCUAUGCUUUACAACGAGUAGCUCCUUUAAACUCAAGUCACAUUUCAUGCAGAGAUACGUACUACGUUAAAACUCGCCGAAAAAUAUACUGGAUAUGAUAGCCACGUGUUCAACGAAAAUCUUUGCAAAUUUCCUUUAUUAUUUCUAGAUGCGAUGGACGAGAAAUUACUUAUUUUAGCUUGGACAUCAUUUUAUGGUAAUCGAAAAAAUCGGUUAAUUAUUUUUAUUGUUAUUUUUUUUAUGCACAGUGCUUGGGUUCUAUGUUCGAUUGGUUGAAAGUAAUCAAAAGCUGUUUUUUAUAAAGUUUGAAUUAAUGAUUUCCAUUAUUAUAUGUAAUCCGAGCGUUUUCUUUUUAGGGUAUGUUCUAAUAACAGAAAUCCUUCGAAAGCAGCAAUAAAUUGCACAGACAUAACUUAUCAGACAGAAUAUUGAACAUGCAUGGUUUGCAACAAAACGUUACUUUGUAACUGAUUUUUUCGAUAUUUAUUCUCACUGUUCUCGGCAACAUGAAAUCCACAAUAGUUGAUAGUGCAGCAAAGCUAAAUACUUGAAAAUAGAAAUUAUUUAUAAGAUCAUAUGUAUAUUCAAAUGAGACAUUGAACAAAUUUUCAAGUUCGUGUCAGCUUGUGAUUAGUUUAGUGUUUGCUCAAACAAACUACCGAUAUAACACAAAAUAACAUGAGAUAUAUUCUAUUUAUAAUACAUCGUGUUGAUAGAUUUCGAUAGGUGGGCACAUGGAAAAUAUUUUUAUCUGAUGCACAUUAAUAUACUCGUGAUCCUAAAAUAGCUCUAAUGACUAAAUUGAUAAAUAUGAAAGAGGCGUUUUUCAAGAGUUUAUCAGGCAACAUUAGAAUCUAUUGUCAAUUGAAUAAAAUAAUUAUAUUGAAA